CGGCUCUUCAAUCUACAAUACAACCUUCACGUGUACACACAAAAAUAUUCACCUGAACAGUAUUAUUAAGAACAUGUGUUUUUCGUAGAAACAAAAAUAUCUAUUGUUAUGCUAAAAAAAAUUUUCCGUCCCUUUUGUUUCAUAGGUUCCGAAUUAAGUUCAAACGCAAAUAUUAAAUCUGUAUAUAAAGGCGACAAUUUUCGUUUAAAAAUCAGUUGCUUGGUCGCUUUCAGAUCUAAAACUUCAUCAAAAUGAAAUUCCUCAUCGUCGUUGGAUUCUUGGUUUGCGGAGCUUUCGCCCUGCCCCAUGAUGCCCUUUCCGGAGCUUCCGGUGUUGGUGCAGGACUGGGUGCUGGCAUCGUCACCGAUGUCGCUGCAGGAGCUGGUGGUCUUUCCAACCCCACUGAAGCUCUCGGAGGAUUGGGAGGCGGAGCUGGUGGACUAGGAGAAGGUGUUGGAGGUCUCGGAGGCGGUGCUGGAGGUCUCGGAGGCGGUGCUGGAGGUCUCGGAGGCGGUGCUGGAGGAUUAGGAGGCGGUGCUGGUGGUGUCGCUCAGGACGCACUUUCUAAAGCCACCAACGCUGCUGGUGGAGCUGGAGGUGCUGGAGGUGUUGGAGCUGAUCUUGCCGCCAAAGCUUCUGCUGGUCUGUCUGUCGAAAAAAGUCUCUUCGCUGGUUUCUAAGUUCAAUGAAAACAUCUAAAAUCCGUUUCGAGAGAAAAUCUCCCUCCAAGUUUUGAAAACGUUCAAGUAAUGAUAUUUUUUUUAGAUAAAUAAUGUUUUGUUAAAUACCUGGACUUACAUAUUGUAAUAUAUACAGAAUAUCAAUAAUUAAAAGAAAAAUAUAGCAUUCAAAUCUGUUUGUUUCCUUUAUACAUACAUAUACUAUCUUUUGCCGGCGACCCCGUUCGCGUGGAAUAGUGACUUCCUGCAGAUUUUUGG